AUGCCCUCCACACUCACCACCGUCCUCCUCGCGACCCUCCCCCUCCUAGCAACCAGCAACCCCGUCCCGGGCCGCCCGACAGGCCGCGACCCGCACCCGCGCGUGGUCAACGACAGCACGGCCGUCGGCUGCCUGGCCUCGUCGUGGUCGCCGCCAAAGUGGACGGUCGCCGACCUCGUGUACCGCGGGAGCUGGACCUACCGCACGCCGUCGCACCAGAACGCGUGGGGCUCGGUCGAGUUCAACCUCGCGACCGAGGCGCUCGCCCCGUCCGUCUCCAGGUGCGCCGCCACCAGCUCGCGCCUCACCGACUUCUUCUACGGCGACCAGACGUACCGCUGCGACCUGCCCGCCGGCGCCAUCGCGGGCGGCGGCACGGGCGGCGAGGCGACGUUUGAGUUCAACAGGGCCGCGAAUUGGUUGCGCGUCAAUCAGACUUGGACGUGUCGUGAUGCGGAGGACGGGUGGCCGCGUCUGUGUAGCCUCCCGAUGCAUGAGCAGUCCGCUGACUUGGACCGCGUGAUGAAUAGUGUAACCUUUUCGGCCUUUGGCUUCAUCAACCUCACCCUCGACUGCACCCAGGACUUUUACCAGAACCCAAACUGGACUAUCGGAAGCGGCCUGCCCUAUUCGGAUCGCAGGGUCGAGUGCAAGUCGGCAAAUAUCGUGCAUUCUCCUGACGAGAUGACUGCCAUCGCAUGA